AUGACACAGAGUAUGAAACAGACAAGGAAGCCUCAAAAGAAGAAUGGACCUUUUCAGCGCGGACAGCAAAAGAUCAAAUUGUCGAUAAACAAACCGCGAGGAGUUUUACCACCACUAUCGCUUCCUUAUCCCCCCAAAAUUGACCUUCAAAAGAUGGUGGCAAAACUUGCAUCCAAACCAAAGCUGGCACGGUUUCCGAACGCAUUCAUUUUGUAUCGUAAUGAGUACGUCCAAUUUCUCAAAGGGAAAGACUUGCACCUGUCGAUGACCGAAUUGUCGCCAAUGAUCGCAGCUGCAUGGAAGCAGGAACCUGAGUGUGUAAAGGAUGCUUACACCCAGCUUUCAAGCGAGGCGGAAAAAUUAUAUGUGAGGGUUGCCGCGAAUGCACAGCCGGAAAUAAAAUACAAAUUUCCAACUCAGCAACGACACUCGGAUUAUGAUUAUUCCACCGAAGCUUCCAUUGCAAGAAAGAAUAACGAAACCAUCACAAAAUAUGAUCUUUCACAAUACACCAACCAACUUCUAGAAGAAUCAUCGACGUUCACAAGUUCGAAAAAUUAUCCAUGUGACAUAAGGAGUUCUUCGAUAAGGUCGGGACACACCUUGGAAAAUGAUCCCUCCAUCAGCAACAUGACAUCAAGCAUAUCCGAAUCAACAUUUGAUAACAAUCCGUUGGUCAAACAACAGGAAAGUUGCUACAUCCAAGAUACACCGUUCAUCCCGUGGACAAGGUUAAACGAACCGCUUCGAGAUGUCAUCCCUGAAGUCAUUCAUCAUCCACAACCCCGUUCAUCGUCGACGGGAAAUGGUUCGGUCAUAACGUGCGGUGAUCUUGGUAUCACAUUCCCCGAGCAACAAAUCUUCGGACAAAUGCCUCCUUCACCCGCCUUGGACACCCCAUGUUCCGAGAACGCGUUCCUGGAGAAUCAUGAAUCGGUCACUCAACCGACGAAAUUCUACCUUUCACCCGCCGUCUCACCCGUCCAACCUUUCUCCGACGAAUCAUCCUCACAUUCCCCAAAUUUUGGCGAAUUCGAGGUCAAUGAUAUAACAAGCGAUCUUUACUAUGUGAUUGAUUCGGCUUUGUCGGGCUCUUACGCGAUUCCCACGCCUCGGGACAAUUAG